GAAUGUGUGCUGUUUCACACUCAACAUGUUCUGAUGUGGAGCAAAGCAGAAGGCAACAAUGUCAGUUGGGGUUUUGUCGUUAAACCAGUUAAACGCGUUAUUUCAAACGCAUUCUCUGUGCAAAAACGCCGAUCUAAGCAAACAUUGUGCUCUUGCACAUUCGCAUUCGCAUUCGUGUCGCCGGUUCUGAGUACAAUUCGUUUACCUUGUGUGAGCUUCAUCCCCGAAAAAUAGACUUUUGGCAGCAUACACAACCUCUCAGCGACGGAAAACGCCGAAGGAAAACAAAAAUCGCAAAGGAAAGCAGUGGAAAAGACGUCGAAUGGGAGAAAGAAAGAAAGAAAGAAACAGGGGGUGAAAAUAUCAAAUAAAUUUCUGUGCACUUUUUGGGGUAGAAAUGAGAAUUUGGCAACUCAAAAUCGGUAGACGGUGUUCAAUCAAGUAGUGAAAAUGCAAAUGCGAUUCCUUGCAAGUAUCUGUAUACAUACAGACGCUUACACAUAGCCACAUGAGUAGUUGAAUUUGCGGCAUAGACAUAAAGUUAAGUUCAUGACAAUCACAAGGAAGAGCGGCCAAAACAGUUGCAGUCCAGUCGAGUUUGGCAAAGGACCUAAGCAGAGUUUGUUCCUCUUUCUUUGGCAAUUUGAAUGUCGAAGUUUACCUGAGCUAAGCAAAAAAAAAAAUAAAGUAAAGCUUUGUGGGCACUCAUCAAGCGCCUCGCAUAAAUACUUAAAUACACCUACAUAUACGCGCUGUUUAACGGUUUAACUUAAAUAAAAGGCGAUAAAGUGAUUUCAAUAUAUCCGUCUAUGAUAUGUAAUUGACUAAUAUGUACAUAUGUACAUGCAUACACACCAACCGCCUCAAUUCUUGAGCAAUAACAUCGUCCACACAACAUAAGCUAGCUGCAAAAAAAAAACAACAACAAGAGCAAAACAUAAUCAUUAGUAAACAUUAUUGAAAAGCAUAGCCACACGGCGGCAAAUCGAGGUGUUCUGUGGAAAAUCGUCUUAUCGGCCUUUCAGUUUUCUGCGAAGCAUAAACGCGCCAGGUCGACCCGCUCCCGCUGAGCCAAUGAGUGCUCGGAUUUUAGAACUCUUUUACUACGAGCUCAAACGUAUUUGUGUACAUAUGUAGGUGGUAAUAAAAAACGUGUUGAAAGCUUUGAGAACUCACUGAAUUGCAAACAAUUAAGUGAUUGACAAUAAAGUGUAACAACUUACUUACAUACAUAUGUAUAAACAAUUUUAAAAACUUUGGUUUUCGAAAAAGAGUAAUUAAUUAAUUGUAAAAAUCUAAACAAUUUUGGUGUGAAAAUUUCGUGAAAAUGGUUAUGUCGGAGUUACGCUGGAGCACCGGACCUAAAGACAAUAACAAUUUGUUGAAGCAUGAUUUGUUGAAGACACCCACAAGUGGGCAUAUCAUGCAGAAUAGAUAUAUCAGUCGUCUAGCGCGAUCUCCUUCGCCGUUGCAAUAUGCUGCCUCGGACUGUGGCGAUAACAACUCAGUAGCGGGGAAUUCCAGCGACCGUUGCCUCUCGCCGCAGAGUCCGCCGUCGAUAUUUGCUGCGCCAUCGGAAGAACACCAACAUCAGCAUCAUCAUCAACUGCCGGCGCUGAAGUCUCAUCUGCUGGAUGUGUUGAACCGAGCUGACCACGCGUUGGACUGCAAAUUGACUGGUCUCCAAAAGGAAGCCGUGGCCGAAACCUUGCGAGACGCUGAGUCUGGUGCGCUGAAUUUGACUAGUGAGAGUUCACGCCAGAGCUUGCAGUCGACGUCACCAUCAUUGAAAUCGCUGCGCGCUAGUCGCUCCUCGCCUGCUACGCCCGCCACCGACAGCAGUGCCGCACACCUCCCAUUCAGCACCAACACAUUUCACAUGCCAAACAUUGCCUCGCAACAGACACAACUCGCACAAUUGGCCGCCAGUGCGGGUCUGGGCCUUGGGAGCCCGCUAUAUCCACACGCGCUCGGCACCGCGAUCUCCCCCCAGGAUUUUACACAAUUCCAGCAAACGCUGCAGCAACAACAGACCACAUUGCAUCAACAAUUCCAGAGCUAUAUCGAGAUCUUACGCAGUGGCUCGCUGGGCAUCGCGCCGGAUGACCCCACUAUGGCCACACAAAUCGCAGCCGCACAGUUCCUAUUCCACAGUCGCGUACAAGCGCUCACGCAAGCGACGCAGCAGUUGCAGUCGCUGCAGAAGCAGCAGGAGCUGCAGAAACAGCCGCACUUGCAAUCACAUCAACAACAACAACAUCAAUUGGAGGAAACACCGAAAUCUCGUAGCGCACAUCCCGCGACCCCCACGCAGCACACGCCCAUACAAAGUCCCGCCUCAUCGCCAUCGCUACAAAUGAAUUUCAACGCGAACUCGCACAAUCAAAUAACACCGCCCAAUCCGGGUACUAGUCUCAAAGUGAGCGGCAUACUCACGCCGAACACCAUUAGCGGUGCGCCCCAGACGCCGCAAAUGUUGAAACAAGCGGCUGGUGCAGCGCAGCGUUUGGCAGGCGAGCCCUCGCCAGAGGAGACGACAGAUCUCGAGGAGCUCGAGCAGUUCGCCAAAACAUUUAAGCAGCGCCGCAUCAAGUUGGGAUUCACGCAAGGUGACGUCGGCUUGGCUAUGGGCAAACUGUACGGCAAUGACUUCUCGCAGACGACGAUCUCGCGGUUUGAAGCCCUGAAUCUGAGUUUCAAGAAUAUGUGCAAGCUGAAGCCGCUGCUGCAGAAAUGGUUGGAGGACGCGGAUCGUACAAUACAGGCGACUGGCGGCAUUUUUGAUCCAGCUGCGCUGCAAACCGUUAGCACGCCCGAAGUAAUGGGCCGUCGCAGGAAAAAGCGCACAUCCAUUGAAACGUCGAUUCGUGGCGCUCUCGAGAAGGCCUUCAUGAUGAAUCAGAAGCCCACGAGCGAGGAGAUCACCCAACUGGCCGACCGUCUGUGCAUGGAGAAGGAGGUUGUGCGAGUUUGGUUCUGUAACCGACGGCAAAAGGAGAAACGAAUCAAUCCCUCCAUGGACAGUCCGACCGGGGAGCACGGCAGUGAGUCACCCUAUAUGAUGAUGAUGCAGUGAAGGCUUUCAAAGAAGUAAUACCCCGCGUUGUGUUGCAUAUUUUUGUAAUCGUAAAUUUGCAUGCCACGAAAGGUUGAUCCAACACUACAGUUAUACGUCCGUACAGUGCUUUGCGGAUAACGGUGUGCUAUUUUGCGGUUAAUCCUUAAAGAAACAGAAAAUCGUCCGCGAAACUCUGUUUAUGGUAAUAAAAUUUAUGACAGACAUUUACAGUUAUUUUCAUAAUAUAUACAUUGAGGUAAACUUUGAAAAGUUCCAGCUACGUCUAAUCUGUAUCCGAAGUAUUCCUUGUGUGCAACGUUUUUCAAAUAAGUUUACCGUAAAUAUGUAUUAUUACUUAAUGUUUAUUUGUAAGUAAUUGCAUAUGUAUGUGUU